GGAUGAAUCUGGAGCUGCGGAAGUAGACUGGUUCACCGUGUACAAAUGCUGGUACAGCACAAGGGUUGUUGCAAAGUUUCCUCAACACAUUCGCAAGCUGAAAUCUUUCAAAGGGGAAGUGACGUGCCUCAAGACAUCGGGAGAUAUAAUUGUGAGUGGCCACACAUCUGGAUGCAUAGCUGUUUGGAAUGCUCGGAGUGGCUGGCCGAUAAAUUUCAUGGAAACAUCUGGAGAUGAAAUCUACGAUCUAGCAUUGUUCAAUAUUCGUGGCCCUGCUAAGCUGUCGCCAGGCCAACUCUGCUACAAGCAUGGCCAUGUUGUUUGUUCAUCGCAUAAGACACAGCUGGAAGUCUACAGUCUGGAAGAUGGAAGCUCCAGCUGUGCCAAUCCGUUGGAGACAGCUUACCCUGUGGUGUCCAUGAAAAUCUGCAAUGACCUGCUGGCCACUCUGAGCUUGGAAAGGUGCGUUCUGUUGGUCAUGCGGCUGACAUUGACUGGAAACGGGGUCGAGUUUCACCCCCUGCUGAGGUCCUCCUUGCAAGAGGGUGCCUGCUCAUGGAUAGGCCUAAAUGAACACUGCGUUUUCCAUGUGGGACCAUAUUGGAAAGCAGGCAAGGCCGUCAUUACAAGCCAUGCCGGGGAGACGUGGACGAUGGCGCCAGUUGACUGCAAGGAACCACUGAACGUCACACUUGCCCUUGUCCAGAGGCAAGGGAUCUUUGUCAUUGCAACAGUUGACAUGGGGCUGUACAUAUCGAUGAAUGCCGGCCAUCACGUGCACGAGAUCAAGGCUGCUCGGCAAUGGAACGGACGGGUGACUGCAUUGGCCCUGCGAGGCCCUCUGCUGGUGAUUGGCCUAGACAGUGGUCGGCUCUGUGUGUAUCGUAUGCAAGACUUGGUUGUUGACAUGGAGUAUAGGUUGCCGGACUGGAGCCAGCAGCUCUACAAAGACCCAAUCAUAGCUGUUGAUGUGACCAGUGAGCCAGAUACCAUGCAGCCCACUGUAGUAGCAGCCACGCGCCAUGAAGUUCAUGUGGUGACUUGGCUUUUCUGCUCUGUGUGAAAUGUUGGCCUCCAUGUGGCUUCUAUUUAUUUAUAUUUAGUAUUGUAUGUACCUGUAAGCAAGCUAGGAGAACCUUCCAUAGGUGUUUCUUCUUGACACUGAAAUGUGCAGCUGUGUUAUGCAAUACUCCAGUUUAUCAUACUUUGAACCACUUUGAUGCAUACUAUAACAUAGCUCAGUCAUUGUUAGUACAAAUAUUGCCGAUUGUUAAGGAAAAAGAACAUUACAUUCUUCUUUUGUAAUUGCUGUACAGUAUGCCUUUCAUAAAUAUGCGGGUUUAGGUGAUAAGAUUAAACAGAAUUCACCUAUAUUUUACUGUGGGUGUCGUGUUGUUUUCUUGAUAAUUACGAUGUAUGUUGUGAUCAAGAUAUGGUUACUAGUUGCAAUUGCUCAGUGGUGCCUUGUAUCAGGAGUGAGAUUUCUUGCUUGACUCCUGGGACUAUAUUCUGAUAUGAUCACUUUCUGUGACACUGUCACUUUUGUGAGAUUUUGCAAGGCUACCACCGAAUACAUUUAGGUGUCUGUGGAUCAUAGUUGUUUGACACUGUGCCAAAGGUGCUAAAGUUGUGAGCCAACGCUCAUAGAUGCUGACACAUGUGGCAUCUGCCUUGUGAAGCCUUAAAAGUGAAAGUGUCACCAGAAGCGACUGUCUCGGAAUAGAGCCCCUGUAUUGGAGCCUGUCACUAGGUGCUAAAGACGUUGCACGAAACCAAAAAGUCUUUAAAAUUUUUUCUUGUAGGCUUGUGCACGUACAACUUUUUACAGCGAAAGCUGUUAUG